AUGACUUCAUUCUCAAUCCGUAAGCUAUUCCCAGAGAUGGCCGACAAAAGUACUAUUUGUCCGAAAGGUCGGGCAGUCAUCAUAACUGGAUGUGACACUGGCUUUGGUAAUGGACUGGCUUUUCAAUUGAAUCGAUUGGGUUUCCAUACCAUCGCCUUAUGUCUAAACGCUAAUAGCGAUGGUGUCAUACAAUUGGCUCAAAAAGCCGUAUUUGCACAUCAAUUGCACGCCAUUGAAGUGGACAUCACUAAUGACACACAAAUUGAUGUCACUUUUGAGCAAAUAUCCGAUAUAUUGAGACUUAAUAACCUUAAACUGUGGGCAGUGGUCAACAACGCGGGUGUAUUUCACGCCGGGUUUGCCGAAUGGGGUGAAGGGGUGGACGCGUAUCGGCGGACACUGGAUGUGAAUACGUUGGGCGCCAUUCGUGUGACGCGAAAAUGUUUGCCACUUUUGCGCCAAUCGGGCGGACGAGUGGUGAAUGUGUUGAGCUUCGCCUCCCGACUGGCCAUCGAUGGCUACAGCGCUUACUGUGUCUCGAAAUACGCUUUACUCGCGUUUAACGACUCGUUAAGGAGAGAAAUGUUUAGGUUUGGCGUCAAAGUAAUCAGUGUUGAGCCCUCUUGUUAUCGGACACCGAUAGCACAGUUAGAAGCUGUGAAUCAAAUGCAGGACAGGGUUUGGUCUGAGACUUCGCCGUCCGUUCGCGAAGAUCAGAACGAAGUGAUCGACGCUCUCAUACGGGCUGUUGUUUCCGAUGAGCCGAACGUUAGGUAUCAAUGCUCUGGUAUUUUGGACGCUCUUAUCGUGUCUUUUGCGGAACUUUUGCCGAUUCCUAUAUUUGACUCGUUUUGGCGGUUUGUCUAUCGGUUUGAAGUGUUUUCCAAAUGA